CUUCAACUGUACGCCCAAACAUGACUCCACGUCCGAUUUCAUCGUCACCUGGCGCACACAGCCUUGACGAAAUGUGUCAGCGUUCUCCGUCUGUGGCAAGGACAAGAGAUAAGGCGCAGACCUUUCACGGCGUUUCGAGAAAGUUAUGUAACGUCAUAGUUCCGUCCUGGUGGGGAGUUCAGGACACAGACACAGACUCAUGCACCUCGCCAGCAUUUGUAGAAGAAUCAGAAGCAUGAGAGCUGUCGAUUUGUUCCUGACCUUGACCCUGGUGGUGACGUCAUGGUCUGACCGAGCCCUGGCUGGUGAGCGGCCUAACCUGGAGGCUGAGGUGAAGUACGAGUGGAACCAGAUCGAGUACAUGUACCUGAACCAGUUCACCAAGGACACCUACCUGAAGAACCCCCUCUUUCUGAUACCCGAAAACAUACAGAUCUAUGCUGUUCAACGACUCUGCUGACGUCACCAUCAACGGGCAAGGUUUCCACAUUGGGCUGGGCAUCAGCGGCCUGGCUCUCUCCCCAGAUUUUAACUAUCUCUACUGGACCUGCCUCUGGAGUGACCGGCUCUACCAGACAGCCACUUGGAUCCUCCGACGCCCGGGUCAGCUGAGCGAGAGCAGCGUGAGGCUGGUGGGCCGCAAGGUGUCCAACACUGACGCCAUGAUUCACGGCAAAGACAGUCUGUACUACGGGGCAUUACGGACAAAUGAAUUUCAGCGACCCUACCACCAGCAAUUUCCGCAUCUUCAAGCUGCCCGUCAACGACUUCAGUUACCUUGACGACAAUCUGCCUACGGGGGCUGUGGUUGGCUGAUGAUACAUAUGCUGGGUCAAAACGACGGUGAACGCUGAAGAAACAUG